AAAUUAUAAAUGCAUCGGAAAAUUCUCAUUUACCGGGUACUUGGCUAAAAUGGUCUAGUAAAAUUUUUAAUAAAAGGCCAUGCGAGACACCAGAAAUAACAUUUUACGACAACAUGGCUAUAUUUAGAUUUGUUUGCCAGCGUGUAAACGAACAAGAUGGCAACCGCGAUAGCUUUAUCGUCCAGUAAAAGUGAACAAGAAUUAACUGUUGCAGACACACUUGUUGAAGCUAAGUUAUCUAAACCAAAGAUUUCAAACGGAGAAGUAGCACCUCGAUCAAUGGAAAAUACGUUUUUAAAGGUAAUUUUUUUUUUAAAGAGGAGAUGUCUAUUUCAGAGAGUAGUGUUGAUUUAUUUGUAUUGUGUGUAAAUUUAUUUAAAUUAGUAUUAACAUUAUUAUUUUAGUGUAGUAAGUAGUAGUAUCAGUUUAAGUAUAUAAGUGUAGGCUGUAGACUACAGUGUAGUGUUGUGAAUUCUAAUUCAUAAUGCUGAAUCUUAUUUCUAUUUAAUCAUAAAUUUCUUCACAUAGCUUGACGCAGUCCUUUAUUUAUUGUCCUUUGGUGGUCCUUUGCCUUUCUUUACCUUUAGAAUUUAGGCCAUUAUUCAAGACUAUUCACUAGGGGUGUGCCGGAAUCUGGUCCGGAAUCCGGUUCCGCCGGAUUUUGCACUAUCCGGUGAAAUCCGGUUCCGCCGGAUUUACAUGUAUCCGGAACAACCGGAUUCCGGAAUCCGGAAUAUACCGGAUUUCGGAAUUUGCCAGAUUUUGUGACUCACCGGAUCAUAAUCUGAAAUAAAAGUAAUUCUCUUUCCCGAAUUCCACACGAUCACGAUACAUUAAUCGAUUGUUUCGAGCGUUGAGCUUGUUUAAUGUUUAAUAUUCCGUACAUACCAGAGGCUAGAGUCAGCACCGCUAAUAGUGGCCAAUAGUGUAGGGACUUUGAUAAGAAAAUUUAAACUUUUUGUAAAAAUAAACCAAUGGCAUAGUUGAAAAGAUGUAAUUUUUUAAAGAAUUAUAACACCAAAAUCAUAUUUUUAGCUGUUGUAGUUUUAAAGUUAUGAAUUUUUAAAGUACGACUUGGUUUGUCAUUUUUUAACAUGGACUGCAUCUCCACAUUCUGUGAUCUCAUUCCACCAAUCCCGUCAUGCGCAAUGACUAUAUAGUUUAUAUAAGGCAACGCAUUCCCUGCCUUAUCACUAAAAUACUGUUUAGACUUAGUUUAAACUUUCAACUUUGGCACAUGAAUAAUUAAUUAAAGCUUUCCCUGACCAAUGGUUUAAUAGUUUUUGCACACGGCAAACUCUUAUGAAUGAAACUCUGAGGUAGUACUACGAUACAGUUAUGCAAGUGGCUGUGAAUGGUUGCCAAUGACAACGUGUUGCACACGGUAAAUUCUGAUCAUUUAUAAUAUGGAUUCUACCGGGUUGUUAAAGCUCAAAUUAAAACAUUCCAGUUUAAAUGUCUUUAAAUGCAUUCUGAAACACAAGUUAUCAAUUAUUUUGAUGUAAAUAGUGAUAAUAAAUUAAUAUUUCCUAAGUAUCGUCAACUUCCGCCAUUAAAAAGGGGGGCGUGGCCAACCCCAUGGCGAAAUUAGGUUGAGCGAGCUGCAUGACCUGCUGCGAACGCGUAGAAACAUGGCGUCUCUCGUAAGACACUUAUCCAAAUGGAACGGAACUCAAAUAUAUAUCGAAAGUACUAAUUUAAUAAUAAAUAGACACACACAUCGGAAAAUUAAAAACUCGGAUUUUUUGGCGCCGAUUGCAAAUUCCCAUACACAAAAAGUAGUAGUCCACCUUGACUUACCGAAGUAUCUACCAAUAGUACCAAAAUCCGGAAUCCGGGAGAAACCGGAAUCCGGAUUAUUCCGGAAUCCGGAUUACGGGAUCCGGAUCCGGCGGAUUUCGCAUAAGAAAAUCCGGAUCCGGUUGGAAAAAACGGAUCCGGCACACCCCUACUAUUCACUAUUAUAAAUUAAAUGUAUGGCAAAGUUGGCUAUGGCUGCAGCUAUUCGGACCGGAUAUCAGAAGUGAGAGGUUGGGUUUAUUAAAAAAUAUUAAAAAUGUUAUUGUGGGGUUUGUAAAAUAAAAUUUGGUAUCGAAUGAAAGAUUAUAAUAAAUUAUUGAAUGGACUACUAACUAUAUGACUAUAUGUUCGUAAACCUAAUUCUUCAGUUUAACUAAAAUAAACUACCACAAAUGACAUCCGAAUAGCAUUUAGUAUUUAGUCUAAUGGGACCUGGGUCUGAAUAGCGGUGAUGUGUUUCCGGUUCCAUUUUGACUAAAUGCUGUUUAAAAAAAGUUAAUAAUGUAAGGAUUCCUGUUAUAUCUACCCUAUUGGUAUAUUAAAUAAAUACUCUUAACUUUUGGCCAAAUAUCAUUUUGAAUCAGACCUGUGUCAAGUGCAAAUUCUUUUUUUUAAUCCCAAGAAAAACCUUACAAAUCCUGUCCAGUAGCACAACUAGGAAAAUAUAGGUAAACCCUAUGAUGAAGACAGAUAUUUUAAUAAGUAUGCAUAAGUGAGGUAAAUUUCUAAAAUUAUUUUAAUUUUUCAACCCAGAACUUGAUGGAUCCCUUGGCAGAUGAAUUAGAGAAGAGUGUUGCCAAAACCAAUGAUUUGUUGGAUAAGAUAAGCAGGUGAGCAUAGGGAUAUGUCUAAAUCAGACCUGUUCACUCUUACGAUUUUGGCUUACAAUGUACGAUUUUGAGAUGUCUUUUAUGAUUGUAAGCCAAGAACUGUCAGAACUAAGAUUUUAAGAGUCCCAGUUAAAAAUAUAUACAUUUAAGUAGUUUUAUGAUUUUAAAAAAACAUUAAUGAAAAACAAUAUUUUGUGUUGUUAUUUUUAACUUGUAUUUGCAUGGGGGGGGGCGCUAAAUAUUUAAAUCUAUAAAAUUAACACCGCCACAUUUCCGUGGUGAUAGGGUGAUGGUCAUAUUGUUGCUUUGUGUUUUCAUAAUAAACUCGUUGGACACAGCAACAGUAAUAUUAGCGUAGUGACAAUUUUAGUGUGUCCGGGGGCCAUCCUUAUAGUACGUACACACCGAGAAGGCACGAACUUGUUGAUUUUUAAGAUUUUGCCUAUGCUCUUGCUUAGGGAGUGGGGGGGGGGGGUGUCUCAGCAGAAAGUGUGCACGUUGUUUUAAAAUUCUACAAUUUUAAUCCUGAAAGUCCAAAAAUAGCUUAUUUAUAUUUUGUCAAUGCUGUAACUUUGUCACAAAAUGUUUUGUAGGAAUUAUCGUAAUGAUGUUGCCAUGUAUUUUCACAAAUACUCGCUAGAUAUACUCAGAUAGUACUAAGUAGUAGAGAUAUUACAGUAAUAUUUAGUCCACUGUAUUUCCAACGUGCUUGUGAGUUGUGAGGUAUAUUUUUUGUUGGGCUACGCCAGUGCUUCUAAAAUUUUUGUUUCCCAGCUCUAUGCCAAAUUCAGGUUUUCACCAGGCUCCCUGUGCUAAAUUCUAAUAAGUACGCUUUGAAAUAACGAAUACAUAAACAAAAUAAAGUAAAGGGUUGGGUAAAAAUAAAUAUAACGUGCAUGUAGGUCACCAUGCGUCAUCUAGUAACUGCAAACAUUAGUUACUCAAGUGGGUUACUGUUUGAACCAUGACCGCUAGAUGUCAUAUUGGAUUAAAAGCGGAAAUAAAAUUAUGGACAUUUUGUAAUAUUUCUCUAGGUCCCUGUGAGCAUGCAGCAGCAACCCAUAUAGGAAAAGAGGAGUGGGGCGGUCGUCAUAAAAAAGUAUGCAUGCAACAAGGGGAGGGGGUGUUUCUAAAAUAAUUUUUUUUACUUCGUAUGUCACAGUAGGUCGUACCAUAUAGAUGGCCCCUCACGUUUUUUUGCUUUGAUGCUGUACGAUGUAAUAAUGUGACAAGAAUUUCUUUAAGUUGAACCGCAAUCAGUGCAGAAACAGAGAAAACUAGAGAAUGCAUUCUCAACUGUUCCGUGCAGCGACAUUAGAUUUCAUCAUAUUUUAUAGGAUCUAAGAUCACCUUUGAAAAAUAUUUUUAGAACGCAGAAAACAGCUGUACGAUUUUUAAUAUCGCCUCUUCCUUGCACCCAUUUACAGUUUGUGGUAGUUAUCAGACUUUAAUUUCAUUUACUUUUGGAAGUUACUUUUUUUUAUGCCAGCUUAACUCGAUCCCACUAUUGAGUAGUUAUUGUAUAUUGUAGACAUUAUAUAUAUAUUGCAUAUUUAUUUUUAUACUAUUAAGAUACUGUAUUGUACGAUUUUGAGACGAUAUUGUAUGAUUUAGGAGUUCAAGGGUAAACAGAUCUGCUAAAACGAAUCAUGGAAUUUUAUGAUGUUACUAGCUGACAAACAUAGCUUUUCAUGGGAGUGUUUUCAUUCCUAUUAAAAUGACAAAAUCUUUUUUUUAUUUUUGAAAAUUGAUUCUAAAAAGUAUAAAGGGAAAAUAAAAUACAUCAGCAGUAUCAACAGUAUUUAUUCAUACUGAUCAAAAUAAAUUAUUUACAAAAUGUGAUGUGUUGUGAAAUAGCUCUGGGCUGCAAGGAUAACAAGCUUUCUGAGCACCGUAGGAUUAUAGAUAUUUUUGUGGAUAUUUGGAUACAGUUUACCAUCAAAUCCUUUACAGGCUCAAUAAUUUAUCUUCCUGGCAGACCGAUCAGACCUGUAGUUCUCCUUUUGGCAUUUUCUCCACUCCAUUUUUAAGUAGUUUUUAGCACAACCUGUUGCAGAUUGAUCCCCUUGGAAAAAUAACUUGUAUAUUUGUUGUUAAGCUUUGUUUGAUGCCUUAUUGCCUACUGUCCAAAUGGAGUUCUUAAGACACAUCCUUAGAUCAUCAUUAGUAGUUCCUCAAGGAAUAGCUGGGGCAAAUUGUCAAGUGCAUAGGAAGUCGUUCAGAUGUCUCACUGAAGCCUCAUCCCACGUAAUCAACGCACUUUAAAUUGAUGGCAUACCCUAGGUCAGCCUAUUGAAUGUUGCUAGUGAUGAACUCAAGAAAUUUGAGAUGUAUUUUAAAUGCUAAAUGGGCUGUUGGACAACCACCCAACAAAGUUAUUGCAAUUCUUGACUACUGCCAACACGUGUUUUUGCUAGCGAACAAAUGUCAAAAGAAGGUUCAUUAGAAAAGUAUUUUUCUGUACCACCUGACCUGGUACAUCAAAAAAGAAGACUUCACAUAAUUCAAAGGUCAUCUUGGCUUAUUUGUUGUCUGAUGAGAACUUAGGUUCAAUAAGAGCAAAAAGAACAGUCAAGUUUGCAGUCAAGGUCUGUGGUGUCCUAACUGGUUUCUCUGAGAACAUCUUUGCCCAGAGCUUCUUCUUGGUUUGGAAUAGGUUGUGGAAAUCUAAAGUUGCUUCUCCUUUUGCUGCCAUUCAUUGCAUUUGCUUUGUCCCCAAAGAUGCUCAUGUAUGUAUCUAGAACCCUUUCUGAAAGAUGCUGGAAAUUACACUGUUAUUUGCCAUUGGAUCCCUCAAAUGUCCAUACUCCUCAGCUCAGAGUUUGUACUGAAAGUACCUUACCCAGAAGAUUGCUAAUUUUCCAUCUUGGCAUUCAUGUCCACAUAUAACUGUUGUGCCGGGCGCUGGCUUCAGUGCAGAGAGAUAAAGUUGCCCAAUCGAAACAUGGAAUAAUGCACAUAACAAUCUCUGCAGGACACUUUCUUUGUGGUGCUUGGCAACCCAGAAUUCGGAUCAUCUUGUUACAGAGAGCUUGUUUACACAAUAUUUCUCGUACGUGCCCUCUGAUUUACCCCGCAUGAGACGCUGUGUUCACAAAGGGGUGUGGCUUAGGUCUUUGAUGUAUUUCUUGUUUACACCGCCAGCCACUGAAAAUAAUUAAUCUGUUCCAAAUAGUAUUUGGUAGAAUGAUUGGGAUUUUUCUCGAAAUGUCUCGAAGGCAGGGCUUGGGCGUCGGUAGACCCACCUAUAUAAGGGAUUGACAGGCACGGACGACAGACGGAGAUUUCAUAUAGAUUCUCUUAACAUUACGAGGCGUGUUUUAUUCUUUUGUGUAUUUGUGUGCUCCUACUUAUAUGUGUUUAUUUCGCAUUAUUUAUUGGCAUCAUUAUUUCUAAUUGUAUUAACUGUGUACCGGUACGACAUCUGUCAUACUGUAAGUUGAAGAUUGUAAUUUUUUGUGUAUUUGUGUGCUCCUACUUAUAUGUGUUUAUUUCGCAUUAUUUAUUGGCAUCAUUAUUUCUAAUUGUAUUAACUGUGUACCGGUACGACAUCUGUCAUACUGUAAGUUGAAGAUUGUAAUUUUAUUUUAUUUUAUUUUGUAAUUAUCUUAAGACAUAAUAAAUCGUAAUUAAUUGUGACUAGAAACUGUUUUGGGUCGUAUCCUUAAUAUUGUUGAUUAUAUGGUAUCGUCCUUUGUUAGGCACUGUUUACAACGAGCCAAUUAAAAUUAAAAUAGGAGAUUAAUUUCUCCCAAUACAAGUCAGUGCGUAACAAAUUGGGUUGCUCGUCCCGGAUAUAGCGGACUCCAUAUUAUUAUUUUUCUCAAGACCCCAAUUCUAACAAAUUGGGGGCUCUUCCGGGGAUAACCGAAUCCAUAUUUUAUUCUCAUUAGACCCCAAUUUUAACAAAUUGUGGGCUUUUCCGAGGAUAAUUUUAAUCCAUAAUUUUUAUUACACCAAUAAUAAAUUGAGUGUUUUUCUUUGGAUUUUGACCCACUGCUUACCUUAAUACACUCAAACUAAUUUGAGUUCACGAUACCAUUUUACGACACCAACAACAGAGCUGGUUGCAAUUUUUUCAUUAGUGUGUGCACUAAGCUUAAAUUUUUAUAAAAAAAUCAUUGUUAUAUUUUGCCUGUGUCAAAAUGGAUUUUGAUAUUGAAAACCCAUCAGUAGAGGCAUUAGACAAAUGUUCUAGGAAGGAGCUAUUUUCCAUUGCUAAAGCUCUAGAAAUAAAUGUAGCUCAUUCGGCCGUAAAAAAGACCAUACGAGACAUGAUCAUCGUUCACUUUGUGGAUGAAGACAUGUUAUCUGAAGAUGAACUUGCCUCAGUCACACAACCGACUGAUCCAAGUAUGGAGCUCCAACUAAAGCUCAAACAAAUGGAACUAGAUGCCCAGAGAGAAAAAGAACGUGAGCUUAAACAGCUGGAGCUAGAUAAAGAACGUGAGCUUAAACAGCUGGAGCUAGAUAAAGAACGAGAGCUUAAACAGCUGGAGCUUGAAGCUCAGAGAGAGAAAGAAGAAAAAGAACGAGAGCUUAAACAGCUGGAGCUAAAAGCUCAGAGAGAGAAAGAAGAAAAAGAUAGAGAGCUAACAAUAAAGUUAAAACAAAUGGAAAUAACGGCCAAUUUAGGAGCAAUGGAAAAUAGACUCACGGCUCCAGCCGGUCAGGGUUGCGAUGCAAUUAAAUUUGCAAAAGUAAUCCCUAAAUUUACAGAAAAAGAGGUUGACCAAUAUUUUGCGCAGUUUGAGAUAACUGCCCAAAAUUUUAAAAUUCCUGAAACUAUGUGGUCCACCUUACUUCAACCAGCCUUGACCGGAAGGGCAUCUGAAGUCUUUGUGUCCCUGAAUGCGGAACAGCGCGGGGACUAUAACCUAGUAAAAUCAUUAAUACUUAAGGCUUAUGAAUGUGUCCCCGAAGCAUACCGUAAAAAGUUUAGGGAACUGUGGAAACGUGAUGGCCAGACUCAUGUUGAGUUCCUCCGGGAAAAGGAACGGCUCCUGGACAAGUGGCUGCACGCAACCAACACCGAGACAGACUUCAAGAAAUUCAAGAACCUCAUUCUGAUGGAGGAGUUCAAGAACUGUGUUCGUACUGAGGUGCGAAUACAUAUUGCAGACCGUGGCGAAGGUGACGCACAUACGGCAGCAGUGUUAGCCGACGACUUCACCAUCUCACAUCAACUUUCCAAGAAUCCAUCUGACACCAAAAAUGACAGGCACAAUAAGACAGCUGUAUCAACUUACAGUAAACCUCCACAAAAACCAUUCAAGCCCGGUACGAAAGAAAUUGGUGCAAAAGACACAUGUGCCUACUGUAAAAAAGAAGGACAUACGAGGGAUGAUUGCUGGAAACUCAAGAAGAAAACUGAGAAGACCACACAUCCUGGUACACAACACAAAGUCUCCGCUUGUACGUCUCGUCAUACAUCUGGAAACACAUUUUCAAAAUUCAAGAGUUUUUGCUCUCCAGAUGUCCAUACAAACUUCAAAGAGGUUUGUCACGACUCAUCAAAGAGUUCCAUUAUGAACAAUAAGGCUAGUUUUACUGACUCCAGCCAAGUUCCUGCUUCGACUGCGAGUUUUAUGAGCUUGUCGCCAAGAUCCUUUUGCUCCAAGAAGAGGUCUACCUCCAGAGGGCGUUUUACUGAGGACUUGUGUGCAAGUUUUGACGACUCUACCCAGAGUUUUACUUCCUCUACCCUAGCCGAAUGUUCUCAAGACUCCAACAAGAGUUUACCUACCAAGGUCCAAAAUUCUACAUCAGAAAAUACUGAUGUCAUACAAGACUUCAUGCCUUUCAUAUCGGAAGGAUUCGUAUCACUGCCAGGUGAUUUUUCCAGUCUACAACCAAUCAAAAUCUUACGAGAUACAGGUGCUUCACAGUCCUUGCUACUUGAGGGUAUACUUCCCUUGUCUGAAUCUACUGCUACUGGGAGCAACAUCCUGUUACGAGGUGUAGAGCUGGGAUGCAUAGAUGUACCUUUACAUCUCAUCAACCUAAAAUCAGACUUAGUCUCCGGACCUGUGGUUGUGGGUGUCCGACCAACAUUACCAUUGGACGGCAUCUCGUUGCUGCUAGGCAAUGACUUAGCUGGUGGGAAGGUGAUAGCCGAGCCCAUCGUUACUCAUGAACCUUGUUUAAAUGAAAAUCAGGAAGAAGAUCAAGAAUUGUAUCCAGCAUGUGCAGUGACAAGGGCCAUGAGUUCCAAGAUCUCCACAAAAGAGAUUUCACAAAAACGCAAUAAAAUUCUUCCUGAAAUUGACCUGGGAAAAACAUUUUUUGCAAGUCUAAAUGAAGAGGAUAGUAAUUACAAGACUCCAACUCGAAUGCAACUUAUUGAAGAACAGAAGAGUGAUCCAGAAAUAGUCAAACUUCGAGAGAACGCUUUGACCCAAGAAGAAGCUGAACAAUUCCCUAUAUGUUAUUACCUUCAAGAUGACAUACUUUUGAGAAAAUGGCGACCUCCAGACGCAAAUGCUGACGAAGAAUGGAGGAUAGUUCAUCAAAUAGUAGUUCCUACCCCAUUCCGGAACGAAGUCCUGAACUUAGCCCAUGACUCACCACUUUCAGGUCAUUUGGGAGUAAAGAAGACAUAUCACAAAAUCACGUCGCACUUCUUUUGGCCCAAAAUCAAGAAAGAUGUGGUUGAAUACUGCAGAUCAUGUCAUACUUGUCAGGUUGUAGGGAAACCAAAUCAGAAGAUACCAGCAGCUCCUCUUCAACCCAUUCCAGCAUUCGAAGAACCUUUCAGUCGCGUUAUUAUAGACUGCGUUGGACCUCUGCCAAAGACAAAAUCAGGUCACCAGUACUUGCUGACAAUCAUGUGUGCGUCAACAAGAUUCCCAGAAGCUAUUCCUCUUCGCAAUAUCAAGACUCCGAACAUCGUCAAAGCCUUGACGAAGUUUUUUACAUUGUUUGGUCUUCCGAAGUCUGUACAGUCUGACCAAGGAACCAACUUCAAGGCUGGAAUAUUUAAACAAGUGAUGAAACAGUUGGGCAUAGAACACUGCUUGUCGAGUGCAUAUCAUCCUGAGUCACAGGGAGCACUUGAGCGAUUCCAUCAGACGUUGAAGAACAUGAUGAGAACCUAUUGCCUAGAACAAGAGAAAGACUGGGAUGAAGGCAUCAACAUGCUACUGUUCGCCGCAAGAGAAGCAGUUCAAGAAUCACUUGGAUUCAGCCCCUUCGAACUGGUGUUUGGCCACACGGUUCGCGGUCCCCUUAAACUUUUAAAAGACACGUGGAUGUCAUCGACACCCACGGAAGGACUUCUUGACUAUGUCCAAAAAUUUAAAACUAAACUUUUUAAUGCCGUUAAUUUGGCUAAAACACAUUUAAAAGAUUCACAAUCUAAAAUGAAAGUUUGGUAUGACAAAAAGUCAAAAUUCAGACAGUUUGCUUCAGGGGACAAAGUGCUUGUGCUUUUGCCGAUACCAGGGCAAGCACUACAAGCUAGAUAUUUUGGUCCUUAUGUUGUUGAGUCCAAAAUCAAUGAUUUAAAUUACAUUGUGUUAACACCAGAUCGUAAAAGAAAGAAACAGUUAUGUCACAUUAACAUGUUAAAAGAAUAUUUUGAUAGAAAAUGUGAUGAUCAUUGUCCAUCCUCAGAAACAAAUGUUAACACAAUCUCAACUGUAACUUCAGUACUUAAAGAAAAUGUUACUGAAACCUUUGAUAGUGUCCCAGAAAAAGUUGGUAAUUAUAAACUUAAAAAUUCAGAAAUAUUGGCCAACUUAGAUAAGAAACUAGGACAUUUGUCAUUGUCAGAGAAGGAUGUUGUUAAGUCUGUUAUUGCAGAUUUUGUUUUACUCUUCCCUGAUGUACCUAAUAAAACCAACAUUGCUGUACAUGAUGUUGACAUUGGCAAUGCAGUUCCGGUCAAGCAACACCCCUAUAGGGUCAAUCCGGAAAAACUUGAAAUAAUCCGGUCUGAAAUAAAAUACAUGCUUGAAAAUGAUAUAAUUGAACCAAGCUCUAGUAACUGGAGUUCACCAUGUAUUUUAGUCCCAAAGCCUGACAAAAGUUACAGGUUUUGUACUGACUUCAGGAAAGUGAAUGCAUUCACAAAGACUGAUUCCUUUCCGAUUCCAAGGAUAGACGAUCUUAUAGAUCGAAUAGGUGAUGCCAAAUAUGUAACCAAGAUAGACUUACUAUCAGGUUAUUGGCAGGUUCCUCUAUCUGACAGAGCAAAAGAAAUCUCUGCUUUUUGUACUCCAGAUGGUUUAUAUCAAUAUAAAGUAAUGCCGUUUGGAAUGAAAAAUGCCCCAGCUACAUUCCAACGUCUUGUAAAUAACAUUAUUGCUGACCAGGAAAAUUGCAGCGCCUAUAUUGAUGAUGUAAUUAUUUACAGUCAAGAUUUUUCAACUCAUGUAAACCAAUUAAGAUCUCUGUUUAAAAAAUUUUUGCAGGCAAAUGUAACUGUAAAUUUAAAUAAAUGUGAAUUUUGUCAUGCAACUGUGGAAUAUUUAGGUCACAUAGUGGGUCAAGGUCAUGUAAAGCCUGUUCAAGCUAAGAUAAAUGCUAUUGUAUCACUUCCACCACCCACUACUAGAAAACAGUUAAUGAGAUUUUUGGGAAUGGCAGGUUAUUAUAGAAAAUUUUGCAAAAAUUUCUCAGUUAUUGCUUCUCCUUUAAGUAAUAUGUUAAAGAAAAAUGCAAAAUUUCAUUGGUCAGAUGCUUGUCAGGAAGCAUUCGAAAACAUUAAAAAUAUACUUGCUAAUGCUCCUGUUCUCAUUGCACCAGACUUUAACAAACAGUUUAAAUUAGCUGUAGAUGCCAGUGACGUUGGCAUUGGUGCAGUUCUUUUUCAAGAAGAUGACCACAAUGUAGAUCAUCCUGUCUCUUAUUUCUCAAAGAAAUUUAACUCACAUCAGAAAAACUAUUCCACUGUAGAAAAAGAAUGUUUAGGUUUAAUUCUUGCUCUCCAACAAUUUGAUUUUUAUGUCAGUUUUUCUUUACAUUCAGUACUUGUUUUUACUGAUCACAAUCCUUUAACAUUUUUGAAUAAGAUGGUCUCCAAAAAUCAAAGAUUGUUAAGAUGGAGCCUAUUUUUACAAGAAUAUAAUUUGGACAUCAAACAUAUUAAAGGCAAAGACAAUGUCAUUGCAGAUACUUUGUCCAGAAAUUAAUUUUCACUUAUGUUAUUGUUUAUAAGCUGUUAAGAAGUUUUUGUCUAAUAUUUUGAGAGUAAGAAAUGUACUUUCUUCAAUUUUAAUGGAAAAAGAAUUCCAUUUUUUUUGAAAAAUGAAAUUUUUUUCUUUUAAGAGGGGAGGUGUUACAGAGAGCUUGUUUACACAAUAUUUCUCGUACGUGCCCUCUGAUUUACCCCGCAUGAGACGCUGUGUUCACAAAGGGGUGUGGCUAUCCAGAAACUACAUAAAGAACAAAUGUGGCGGUCGGACUGAAAAUAAUUAAUCUGUUCCAAAUAGUAUUUGGUAGAAUGAUUGGGAUUUUUCUCGAAAUGUCUCGAAGGCAGGGCUUGGGCGUCGGUAGACCCACCUAUAUAAGGGAUUGACAGGCACGGACGACGAACGGAGAUUUUUGAGAUAGAUUCUCUUAACAAUUACGAGGCGUGUUUUAUUCUUUGUGUAUUUGUGUGCUCCUACUUAUAUGUGUUUAUUUCGCAUUAUUUAUUGGCAUCAUUAUUUCUAAUUGUAUUAACUGUGUACCGGUACGACAUCUGCCAUACUGUAAGUUGAAGAUUGUAAUUUUAUUUUAUUUUAUUUUGUAAUUAUCUUAAGACUUAAUAAAUCUUAAUUAAUUGUAACUAGAAACUGUUUUGGGUCGUAUUUUUAAUAUUGUUGAUUAUAUGGUAUCGUCCUUUGUUAGGCACUGUUUACAACGAGCCAAUUAAAAUUAAAAUAGGAGAUUAAUUUCUCCCAAUACAAGUCAGUGCGUAACAAUCUGCAUCAAAGAAAAAUUGUAUCCAUCAUCUAUAGGAAACAAAAGUUAUAUUGCAUUUCAGACUUGUAUACCCUUACGCUUUCAACAUAGUAACUACAUUUUUAAGACUACAUACUAUGACACUUAUAGACCAAACUACUCUUUGGAGCUUGAAACUAAAUUUUGAGAGCUGAAAACUACUCUGAUACUAACCCAUGGGUAAACAGGAAUGUGCAGUGGAUCAUUUGUACUAAAUUUUCUUUCUACCAUUAAACUUCCAGUACAAACCCUUGAUAGCCCCCCUGACAAUUUACAUGGCUCUUGUCCUCAUCUAUCAACCUAUGCCAGCCUUGGCUUCUAGGGCAGAAAUGCCAGCUGUUUUGAAAAUCAGUAGUACUGGUAUACACUGUUUCGGUUUCACUUUACUGAGUUCAGGCCCAUUUAGACAAAAUAAUGAAAGACAUUAAGACAUGUUUAUUUAGUAUAAAAGUUAGUAAAAUUUAGAACCAUCAUCUUAUUACAUCAAGAAUUUUACUUAUUUUACGUUUUCAAGCUCCAAAUUUCAAUACAGGCAACUGCUUGAUUUAGGAACGAGUUACAUAACCUAGAGGACUUUCGUUUUUUUGGUCUUUAUCAUUACAGUCAAACCACCUAAAUAUUCACUAUUUGCAUAUCUGUAGUAUCUAUAUUUUAGCUAUCACUUUUGCAUAUGAAAGACAUGCUAUAAAAUAUUGAAUAUGUACAUUUUAUGUAAAUCAUAUGCUACCAACAUAAAAUAAAUUGAAAAAAGUUUUUAAAAAAAUAAUAAUAAUAAAUUGUAAUGUUUGUUAUGUGAAUGUUUGUAAAUCAAACGUUCUUAAAAUGAGAAGAGGCUGUAUAUCUAUAUACUAAUUAUUUGUAAUACUUAUUAUAGCUGUGUAAUUUGAAAUUGACAUUCUUUCCCAAAAGUCUAAGAAAUAAACACAUCAUGAAUUAAAAAAUUAGCCUAUUCAUUUCCUCAAAAAUAAGUUUCAUAUGUUGAAAAAAAACAUUAGGCCACCUGAUAUCGUGUGUCUUUUUUUGUAGCAUACAUUGUUUUAAAUGUAUUUAAAUUCUGCUAGAUUUAUAGAAACAAAUUUCAUAAUUGUAAAUGAGUUGUCAAAUUCUAGAUGAACUUCUAAAAACAAAUAAAUUUUGAUUGUAAGAAAACUCCAGGCAGUAACAAACAGAUUGAAAAAAUCAGUUUUAUUUCACACAUAUAUUUAGGCCUUGGUUUACAUAAGCCAAUACUAAUAUUCCAUAUUGAUCUUUUUGUUUAAAAACUUGCCAUGCAUUAGUUGUUUAAAAAAAAAGGUACAGACAUAGUAACAGGUGUGCUUGAGUUAUAUUUUGGAAGGCAUUUCAAUGGUGGUUCAAUAAAAAGAAACAAAUGAUCUUGUGCAGAACAGGAUUUAUAUUUCUACUUUUUGUAAAAUCCAGAAGUAUGCUUUAAUUUUUUAAUCAACUGUGUUUGCAAUAUGUCUGAAAAUGUACUUUUUCGAUCUAUGUACAGUGAUUUAGAGGCUGAGAGAAAGCAGAGAUUUAGAAAAAUUUUACAUCCACACAUUCCUGAAGAGCUGCAAGGAGGGUGAGUUAAGAGAAUUAUAUAAAUUAAUUUGGUGGAAAUAUUUUUCUUAAAUUCUAAUUAGAAUGACAGGGGUAAUGUUAUAUUUGAUAUUAAAUGGUAUUGCUUAUUUUGCCAAUAUAUUUUUUAAAAUUCUAUGGAUAAGUAAAGUACUUAAGAAUUUGUCGAAAUAUUUUGUGAAAUGUGAACAUUUGAAUAGUGUAAUGUUCCCAUCACUUAAUAAAAUUCUAUUUUAUAUGAGGUAAUUUAAAAACAAAGUAAAAUGUAUGUGUUUGCCCUGAGGCACAAUGGCAGAAGAGGAUUGUAUCAUUUUUGAGCAGUUAACUUUUGAUGAACCAAUAGCACACAUUUAAAAAAAAUUAAUUUGGUUUAGCAAGACUUUUGGCAUUGAAAAAGCAUUUGAUACGAUGACAUCUUUUAGUUAUGUUAUUCAUGUCUUCAAUUAAACCAUGGUUCAUCGUAAACCAUGGUUCAUCGUCAUCACAGAUUUAGCUUGUUCACCUAAUUAAUAUUUAAUCUGGCAGUUAGGUUUCAAACAGGCGAACUAAGAAGAACACAGACUACAAGAGCAGAGAGAACUGAAACAGCCUACUGUUAUUUUGUUCUCUUUCCAUUUUAAUCUGAAUAGUUUUCUGCCUGAAAAACAAUGAUUCAUUAUUUCUUCUCUUUGUGAGUGCUGUUUGUGUUUCAUGUUUUAACUAAAACUUGUUUUGCUCAGGGGUAAGAAAGAAGAGGAAGUCAUGCAGUUGGUGGAUCAGCUCAUCUUUUAUGAGGAGGUUGGGGAUGGCAAGGACGAAGUUCAAAUCAAGUGAGUCAAGUUGACAUAUUCACCAUUGCAUCUGCAGCUCACCUGUUAAUAAAUCAAUAUUUUUUUUUUAUACCUCUGCUGGGUUACUUAAAGUUGCUUGAGCUGGGAUAGGAUGUCAAUUAUCUUACCAAAUGUUCAGAAAUCAAUAUACAUUUUAAAAAAAUAAUAACAUGCCCAUGUUCAUAAAUCUUCUUCUUUUUUUUCACAUCUAAUAUAUAUAUCUAUAUGAAGUGUCAAUAGCUACACCAUUGUAUCUUGAAGACAGAAGGAUGCCAUAAUUAAUACAAUUUUAUAAUUUUUUAUUAUUUUGUUCCUAAAAAGUUUAAUAGUGAAGUGUUUAAAAUAUCUUGACAAUACCUGUGGCCCAAAUAUUUUAAAAAAAAAUAUUUUUAGUUGACAUAACUACAUUUUGAAUUGUGCAUAUUAAUGCAGUUUUACCUUGUUAUUCCGGUUGAAUCAUGAAAACUCAUUAUCAAGUAUGUAGUGGAGCUACCAACACUGUAUUCCAGAUAAUAUUCUGUGGUUACAUAGGCACAAAAUAUAAGCAGCUGUAGGCAACAUGACUUAUUCAUGAAAAAAUGCAUUUAUUGAUGUUACAUAUUAAGUUCUCAUAACUAAUCAUGCAUAAGGUAAUAUUACCUUUUCAGUAUUUUUAUUCUUUGAGCUCUGAAGAUUUUAUUCGUAUCAUCUAAUGAACCCUCGGCUUUAAAAAAAUAAUUUUUAUAAUUUUCUUCUGGUACAUGAAAUCUUUAUUGUUCCUAGCUGAGUUCCUAGUCUACAGUACUCUCUACAGAAUAAGAAUAAGUUACCAGUUCCUUAAAAUAUUAAUAAAACAAAGGUACCAGAAGUAGGUGGCACUACUAUUUGUCCCAUGAAGAUAUUAAAAGGAUAUUAGAAUUAAACACAAAGCUGUCCUUAUUGUUUUGCGUACUCUUACACCGGCUUAUUAUUUUAUGGUCUCAGCUUAUGAGCGGGCUAUAUAUAGACUUUUUAGGCUUUUCCUGACCAAAACAAGGUGAGUGAGCUCUUGAAAGAAUAUACUUUAGAACAAGUAUCGACGUUGGUCCUUUUUUUUGUUGUAUCUUUAAAUCCACUUUCGUUGUCAUCUCGUUUUUCUUUAACUUUUUCUUUCUUUCAUACAGCUUACAUAGCCUGGGUAAGACUACAUUAAAAUGCUAAGUUGAUUAAGAUUAAAUUUCGCCCUUUGGCUUUCAAGUCCCAAGGAAUUUGGAUUUUAUGAAAUUAAAUCUCUUUUAACAGAAAUUCACUUUGAGAAUUCUGUAGACUGCUCAACUCAGUUAUGCUGAACUGGUUUUUACUACAUUUGCUUCAGUGGCUUAAUCUUGUGUGUGACUAUGUGUGUAUAGCUACUUAAUUCUCAUGCUCCAAAUAAUUUUUUUAUAUUUUCUUGAAAUGUAAACUAGACUGGGUAGUGUCUACUUGAUGAAAUGAUGUUGAUGUACUCACCAUGCCCGUCUUCUCUGUCAGUGAGUCUGCACAGCUUCAAGAGCUUGAUGAGACUGGCAAGUUGACUGUGACUGCUCACAGUCUGGCUGCUCACUUCACAACCCUAGAACCUGCAGCUUUAGAGAGGGCGGCUUCAAAGUUGGACUCUGAUUGUAGGCUGUGGUUGUCUCGGCUCUUUAGGUCAGUUGUGGUUUGAUAACGGUGUAGACAAGUUGUGGUACAAAUGUUGGCUGACUUAUUAUGUCUAAUGAAUAGGAAGUUGUUUACAUUGGUUUGUUUCAUAUCUUUUUUAAUCCCUUUUCAAGAUAUCCUAUGAACAUUAUUUUUUUUAAGCUUAAUAAGUCACCACCAAAACAGUGGUGUGUGCUUUGGCCUAAUAUCUUUUACCUUCUUGACAAAUAAUGCAUGGGAAAUGGGCGUUAUGAUGGCUUGGUAGGUUUUAGUGUUAGCUUAUUUUCUUGUUUCAUAGGUUCAAGAACUCUGUACCUGUUUACCAUGACAAACGUUAUGAAGGUCUGGCCCGCAUUGGUCAGCUGGCGUUGUACACUAAAUACCCUAAAUUUGCAACAGAAGGCUUUGAGGCUCUUUAUUCACGACCCCCUGUCAUCUACAUUAGUGGUGCAGCCCCACCAGGCCUGGGGCAGUAUUUAUGCCAGCAGGUAACAAUUAAAAAAAAAAAAAAUACUAUACCAUUGUCCCCCACUUGUUUAUUUUUUGUAUUGACAUGUGUAUUAAAAGGUUGAAAAGCUUUUAAAGUUUUUAAAUUUUGAUAAUCAUGCAUAUCAUUAUAGUUUAAUUUUCCUAAAUACUGUUUACUUUCUCCGCAGGUUUUAAUUAGUUUAAUAUUGACUCCAGUAAACUUUCUAACAUCUUCGUACCUUUGUUUCAGCUUGGUCUCCCUUUGUCUUGUACUUGUACUGUGCCUUGUAACACCAUGUUUGGUGCCAGCAGUAAAAUGGUAUUUUCUAUUUAUAUAAAAUGUUCAAUAUUAAUUGUUCCAUUUCCUUAGGAGUAAACUUUUAAGUGGUGGUGUUUAUUCACACCAUUUUGACCCUGUAUCAUCAAUAUUGUCAAUGGAUAGUUUUAUUUCUGUAACCUGUAACAUCAUUAUUUUAAACAUAGAUAAACAGGUCUUACUGCACUUAACUCAUUCAGCUGAUAUGUCACCUCCUCAUUAACUAAAUGCCACUAAACACUGAUUUAUUUUUAAUUUUGUUAUAAACAUUUUUACUAACAAUUGAUUAAACCCAAAUGCUUCCUUAAAAAAAAAAAUUAUAGGAUGUAGCCAUGCUGGAAAAGCUUAUACAAGAUGAUAUUGCUGCAGCUAAAACACCUGUACUUCUUGUUGCUUAUGCAGGUAGGCAUAUGUAUUAUUAAAUAAGUUAAAAAAAUUUGGAACCAGCUCCCCAUCAACAUGAUUUAUUCUAUUAUAAAUAGCAAAUAAACAUUUCAAACCCUUGUAAUUUCUAGAUUGAGUUAUAUUAUUAUUUUCUUCCUGUUCUCCUAAAACAAAAAUCACCUUUUCACUUAAUUUAUUCAUAAUUUCACUGUCAGAAGAUGAACUUGAUCCUUAAUUGUAGCAUUUUGUUUUUGAAAGAGUUUUGAUCAGUAGUAAAAAAAAAAAAGUAAAUGUAACAUCCUUUAAGAAUGCCAGGGUGUGGCUAAAUAUGUACACAUGGUAGGAAAAAAAGUACUGUGUUGGCCAACAACAGCUAAGAAACGAUAAGCACUACCAGGAUUCAUAAAUACAGUUUAAACUAAGAGUUUCUACAUCUUGCACUUGUCCACAGGUACACCUAUUGUAGGACAUGUAGAUAACUUACAAAGACUGCAGGAAAUCUCUAAAGUCAACAACAUUUGGCUCCACGUUGAAGGGUAUGUUCCAUGAUGACUACCCUAUGAUAUGAAAAUAUGGGCAAACAUCCAGAACUUUAUGUUGGAUUAUUUUUCACUAAAUGAUAUAGGCGUUUACAAUCAAGUUUAAAAAAAAAAAAAAAAAUAUAUAUAUACAUAUAAAUAGUUUAAGUAUUUUUUAUUAAAAUUCCAUGAUGACUACCCUAUGUAAUGAAAAUAUGGGCAAACAUCCAGAACUUUAUGUUGGAUUAUUUUUCAAUAAAUGAUAUAGGCGUUUAAAAUCAAAUUUAAAAAAAAAAAAAAAAAUAUAUAUAUACAUAUAAAUAGUUUAAGUAUUGUUUAUUAAAAGCCAUCAUGAAUCUUAUAAAACAUUUACUUGAAAAAACUAUUAUAUUGUUGGUUGAAUAAGACAAUUUAUUCAAUGUCAAAUUACUCAUAUUGUCCUCGAGGUGAUUUUUAAUCAAAUAACCACAUUGUGGAGGUGAUUUUAAUGUUUCUUUACAGCAAUAACCUGGCAACUCUUGCCAUGUUUUCUGUACCAACAUCAGUGGAGUCUGCUACAUCUGGUGAUAGUAUAACUCUUGAUUUAUCCAAGUGGCUGGGAGUCCCAGCUUUACCUUACAUUGUAUCCUUAAGCUGGAAAGUUAAUCAAGUCUCAGAGCCCAUUUAUUUUAGUUCUAUUUAGUGUAGUUAUUCACACUUAGGAAAUUUACCCAGUUAAGAUCUGAUUAUCCUAAUCUCUGAUGAAAUUAUUGAAUAAUGCAUGCAUACAUUUUAUCCUAACUUUGUGAUGUAAAGCAAUAACAAUUUCAUGAGAUACCGGUACAGUUGAAAAUAAUUGUAAAAAAAAAAAAAUACUUUAAAUAUUAUUCUAUUUCAAUGGCACCAUUUUGAACCAUAAUUUUUUUUUUUUUUAAAAACCAAUGGAUAUACUUGUGAUGCCUAAAUCUGGUACCGUAGUAAACAAACAUUCAGUCCAUAACUUUAUAUCAGACACUCUUUAAAGACUCUGACCAGAACAUGACUGAUGCAGCAGGCCUGACCACUGUGGAUGCCAAACUCCAGCUCAAAUGCCUUCCCCUUUGGAUGUGUUUGCAGAGUCUUGGUCAUGAAGGGAUGGUCAACAGAAUCAAAAGCUCAUGUGAAUUGGUAAGACAAAAUCUAGUAAUAGAUCUUAUGCCAUUGUGUAUGUUUUUAAAAUGAAUCAUUAAUUGUAUAAAAUUGUUUACUGCAGUUUUUUUUUUCAUAGUUUUUAAAUUUUGUCCCAUUUCUUAAAUUCUCUUUGUACUCUUCAUUUUAGAGUUUUUAAUCUAUUUUUUGUUUAUACAGGCUAAAACUCUCUUUGACAAUUUGGACAAGUUAUCUACAAUUAAACAAAUAGUAAGUCAUUGUAAUUAUGUUGUUCUGGGCUAACCUAAUUGGAUAAGAGCAUGUACAUUUUUAUAAGUUUGCAGUUGAGCAUUAAAAAAAACCCUCAUUAACUUACAUAUAUGUUUCCUUUUUUUUAUGAAGAAAAAUUUAUUUCAAAACAACCAUACUAGAGUUUAACUUUGGACCAUUAGAUUGGGUGAAAAAUGAAACAUUUAAAAUAAGUUUAAAACCUUUUAAACAAAUUUUUUUUUUUUUUUUUUUUUUUUUUCACGCCAAAUAUCCAAUUUCCAACACAUUGCCAAUUUUUUAAUGGCAGGACUAUCAGAAGCAUUCUUUCAAAAUGAACCACUAUGGCUUAGAUUGCAGAGGUAUCUUUACCCAACUCCAAAUUUUAUAUUUGUUUCUUUCAGAGUCGAGAGAAGAAGAAACGUGAAAAGGAAAUAAAAAAUGUUAAGGAUCUUAUAACAAAAGCAAUAAGUGCUCUUGUAAGUAUUACUUACUGGGAUCCAUGGGAAUUAUAACCUGAUUAACAUACAGCUAAAGUAUCAUUGAAGUGGACUGAAAAAGAGAGAGACUACAGUUCAAUAAAUAAAUAGUGUUUAAUGGAAUGCUGCAACAUGAUUUGCACAAAAAUUCAUUUGAUUGUUUUCUCUAUAUACUUUGUUUUUGUUCUCCCAGCUGGUAUUUGAGAUUGUGACGCCAACAGUUGUAUUUAAGUAUGCAGAAGACAACUCUGGCCCAGGUGCGGUUGUGGCCCCUUACUCUGGUGUUAAACUGGAAGAUCCCAAUGAGGAUAAAGAUGCAGUUUACUUUGAUGCUCUCAAUACUUGGGUAAGUUGUGUUGUGUGGAUGUGUCUGUGGCUUUUAAGGUGACAAAUCGCUUAAAACAAGGCUGACUUCUUGCCCCAACACUUUAUAGCAUGAUAUUCUCAGCAAUGCUGGCUAAUGCUUUUCUUGACAAUAAUGGUCAUGACUUCUAUGGCCUCGACAUCAAUACAAAAAAAAUAUUUAAAAACCCUGCAACAGCCAGCUCAAGGAAAAGCUUACAAAGAACCAAACAUAUCAUUUAGGACUUACAAACCACCUUCAUACUCACAAUUGAAUACAACUUUGGUCAUCUUCGCAUGCCACCUUCAUACUCACAAUUGAAUACAACCUUGGUCAUCUUCGCAUGCCACCUUCAUACUCACAGUUGAAUACAACCUUGGCCACCUUCGCAUGCCACCUUCAUACUCACAGUUGAAUACAACCUUGGUCACUUACGCAUGAGAAGGACAAACAGCUGCAAGUUGUACUGAUAAUUUGUGGUCAACCUUUUUUCAUGGCUAUUUUGUUCCUAGUUUAGUAGUUAGUGUUUGAUGUUUUGUAACUGUAUAUUAAAUUUUGAUGUAUUGAACCUCCCGAAGUUGAUAACGCAUACAUUUUUUAUAUCCAGUAACAAAGCAUUCAAAUCAAAUUGCUCAGAAACAUUUGUGCUAAUUAAAUUUUUUUAAUGAUUGCCUUUCAGUUGGCUGAAGCUCUUCAGGUGGCCAACCCAAAUGUCCCCAUCGACCUGGUGGAGGUGGACAAAGAAGGUGUCUGUAUAAGAUAUUCUCCCCUUGAGACCGCUCAAGGUAAAACUCAAGUACAAAACCCAAUCAAUUGGGUUAAAAUGUGUUUUAACUUUUAACAGCUUUUGUGUGUGAUUCUAUUUAAACCGUGUCAAGGAAAAUUUGUUUAAAUUGGUCUGCAACAGUCUUUGUCCAUUUAUGAACCUUUGCUUUGUUUCCAGUGAAAGGUACAACAAAGGAGGAGAUAGAGCAGUUUGUUGAAUCUCUCAAAUCUAAUCUUGUAAGUUUGUUAUUUGAUUAUAAAUGAAGAGAUGAAGAUGCUGAGAAAUUAUAUAUGAACACUAUAAAUGACUUUGAAAAGAUAUAUGAAGACUCAAAAAUGACUAACAACUGAAAUAUUAUUUCCAUUUGAUAAAGGGACACAAUUAUAUACUCAUUGUUUCUAGAAUAAUUAUCAAAUUUUUUUUGAGCAGGUGUGAAAAUUUUAAAGCAGAUAAAAUAUAAAAUGAGUAGUCAAGAAAAUUAUGUAUUUAAAUUAUGCUGAGAAUUAAUUUGGUUGCAGACACCUCAGAAAAAUAAAACAAUUUUCUGUUUUCCUGAAAUUAUGUAGAGCUAACAUUUAUUUAUUUACCAAUUCUUAAUUUAAUGUAAUAUAUACAUAUAUGUUUUUUAAAGAGUGUUUUGAAUGCUACAACUGUGCAGAGAAGAAAGUUCAAAAACAUAGUCUCUAACCAUAAGAACCUACGCCUUGUGGAUCUGGAUUCUUGGGCAGGACUAGGAGCUGUCAGGUAAGUGGAGCCAUAUCCAAGUAUAACCAGUAGCAAGUUAAUGCAGUGAUUGACAUAUAUUAUUCCCUUGUUUUGCACCAAAUGAGGAGUCAGAAAUGUAUACCUUUAUGGCAAUGCUGAUUAUUUAAAUUUUAAAAAAUUAAUAUUUAUGUGGCCAAGCUGCUGUGGUGAGUUAUAAAAAUUCACCCUUUCAACGAUAACCUUAUUCAGUACCUUUAAAACCAUCAACAGCUGUCAUGAGUUUUAAAAAUUCAUCCUUUCAACAAUAACCUUUUACCUUACUCUGUAUUUAAUAUCAACAGCUACAUUCCCGAGGCCUUUGUUAACAAAUUGGGGGACCUGACGGAUAAAGAAAAGAUAGAAAUCAACAAUUUGAACUCUGAGCUGGUUCAUAAGCUCAAGGCGCAGGACACAGCUUUUUCAACAGGUCAGUGGAACAUCUUAAUUAUAGCUGUCCAAAUGCAUUGUCAACAACCUCAGAUUUUCUUUAACCUUUGAGAAAAAUUUAAUUUAAUUGUAUUUGUUUGAUUGACUUUUAUUAUAAUGUAUCGGUUUGAUUUUAUUUACCUUACACAAGUGAAAAAAUGGCAAUUAAUAAUUUUUUCCCUUAUAUUUUUAUAUAAUUGUCAUGGUUUAAUAAGGAUAUGUUUUGUUUUUCAGGUCAUAAUGCUGAGGGCAUUGUAUGUGUGAGGUUUGGCCUAAUUACAUCAGACACAGAUGUGGAUGAACUGGUCUCUCUGGUCUACAGUACAGGGAAAGAAGUGGAGGAGAGCUCUAAGGUGACUAUAUAUGAGGGACUUCUUCCACUCUGGUUCUUGAGGCUGCCCUUGCUUGGGCACUCGAUCAUCUCAGCAAAAUAACUCAUGAUGAGGCUUUCAAAUCUCAUUCAAAAACAAAAAUGAGGGUCAAACUAAACUCAUUCUUACCUUCUACCCUCACGUGAUUACCAAAACAAAAAUUUUGUAUAGAAUCGUCAUAUGCUCUUUGCUGAUCCUUACACUAUCAGGAUAUUCUCAUCUCCCCUCCACUUAUUGUCCUUAGAAGGGAUGAAAAUCUAUGUGACCUUCUGGUUCUCAGUCGCCCCUCAAGCUGACUCUCCUCACUUUAGAACCAAGCCGUUUUAGGACUUGCCCCUUAUGUACUGGAAACUUAACACCUUGGAUUCGCUAAGAGAACCUAUACCAUUCAGGAGGACUUCACAUUUAUUCGUUAAAAUAUGUUUUAUGUAAUUGUUUGCUGCAGUUGCCCCUCCUGUUAUGUAGGUAAGCUGGGAAGAAGGCAAUCUGAUGAGCUCAAUGAAUAUUGACAAUCUUGGUAGUAUUGAACCAAAUAGCCCAUCCCCGGGCUCAUCUCAUUUCAUCGGAGGUAAACACAGGUGCAUAUCAGAUGUAUCUAUCAAGGCCCUUAUUUCUUGCACUAAUAAAUCAGCCAGAGGGACAGGAUGAAAAUGAAUUAAAUUGUCGACACCAUAUGACCAUUUGGAAUCAAUCCAAUACUUUCUCCAUUAGGAAUCAAUCCAAUACAUUCUCCAUAAGGAAUCAAUCCAAUACUUUCUUAUGAGUGGUUUUCAUUUUCCCUCCAUUUCUAUUCUCAUUUUUUUGUUGGUUACGAUUUUAAACUUAACAUUAAUAAUACUUAAAUUGUUUUACCUUGAUAGUACUCACCACAGGAUUAUGUGGAAUUCUUUUACAUUGAUAGUACUCCACACAGGAUUAUGUGGAAUUCUUUUCCCUUGAUAGUACUCACCACAGGAUUAUGUGGAAUUCUUUUACCUUGAUAGUACUCCCCACAGGAUGAUGUGGAAUUCUUUUACCUUGAUAGUACUCACCACAGGAUUAUGUGGAAUUCUUUUACCUUGAUAGUACUCACCACAGGGUUAUGUGGAAUUCUUUUACAUUGAUAGUACUCACCACAUGAUUAUGUGGAAUUCUUUUACAUUGAUAGUACUCCCCACAGGAUUAAGUGGAAUUCUUUCACAUUGAUAGUACUCACCACAGGAUAAUGUGGAAUUCUUUUACCUUGAUAGUACUCACCACAUGAUUAUGUGGAAUACUUUUACAUUGAUAGUACUCACCACAGGAUUAUGUGGAAUUCUUUUACCUUGAUAGUACUCCCCACAGGAUGAUGUGGAAUUCUUUUACCUUGAUAGUACUCACCAAAGGAUUAUGUGGAAUUCUUUUACUAUGAUAGUACUCCCCACAUGAUUAUGUGGAAUUCUUUUACCUUGAUAGUUCUCCUCACAGGAUUAUGUGGAAUUCUUUUACCUUGAUAGUACUCCCCACAGGAUGAUGUGGAAUUCUUUUACCUUGAUAGUACUCACCACAGGGUUAUGUGGAAUUCUUUUACCUUGAUAGUACUCACCACAGGAUUAUGUGGAAUUCUUUUACCUUGAUAGUACUCACCUCAGGAUGAUGUGGAAUUCUUUUCCCUUGAUAGUACUCACCACAGGAUUAUGUGGAAUUCUUUUACAUUGAUAGUACUCACCACAGGAUUAUGUUGCACUCAUGUUUUGGUUUUGAACAACUUUACAUCCAAUUCUCCUCCAGUCCAAACAGAGACUUUAAGAACUACAUUUUGAUCAACAUAAGUUUUACAUUUUUAUCAUUUUUUAAUGUUUUGUCUGCUGAAGGAGGCAUUUUACCCAAACAUCCUAGUAAUUGUCCUGUCUUUUCUCCAAACCUAAAAAUAUCUUAUUCCACUAUUUAUUCUGAGGUGAAUAGAGAAGGAAUGAUAUGACAGAUAGAAUGCUGUGAUACUAGGAGUUAGUUUCAAAACUAAAUAAGAAAAGCUUACCACAAAAAUAAAGUGCUUGAAAAAGGAAUUCAUUUAAUAAAUGAUUAAAAUAAUUUUGUUACUUCAUUACAAAAGUUUGGUGUGUUUUCAGUUCCUUGAGUCAAAUAUGUAAGAGAUGAUUACAGAAGUUUAAAUCAAUGCUGUAUGCCAUGCAUGCGACCCGCGAAAUAGCGGAAUAUUCUUUACUAGUUUUAGCUUGCCAAACAUUGGCGACAAAAAUCCGUGAACAUCCCAUCUACAAAAGUUACUUGACAAAACAUGAGCUCAAGUAAUGCACAUUUAAGAAUCCCAAUUUUCGCUACACCCCUUCCCCCAUGACAUGUCAUUGCACGCUUUUUAUUUCACGCCCAUGAACUUUAUUAAUAUUCUAAUGUCCCAAAAACUUUUAAACUGAAUAUUUAUUACACCAUUAUUAAAUUGAGAUGAUUUCAUUUUCCGAAAAGAAAAUAUUACGCACUAAACUCAGUUGCGUUAUUUGGCUAAAAAAUAUCUUUUAGCGUAUUUAUUGGGAAUUAUAUUUUGCGCGCUAUCCAGAAAUGGAAGCAGUCACACCACAAGCAAAAUAUAUGAAAUAGAUUAUUAUUAUUUUCUUAAUAGCUUUCCCUCCUGUCCUAUUUUCUUUCGGCCAGCACAAAUUUUCCAUAUAUUAUUACAACCCCCCUCACAUUUUGAGUUGUACAGGCCUGCUGUAAACAAUUCAGUUCCAUGAUUCUAAUAUCUUAGAAAUGAUCACAGAAGUUUUAAUUAAUGUUGUCUACAGAUCAGUGCCUUGGUUCUUAUACCUUCGAGAUGAUCUCGGAAGUUUAAAUUAAUGUUUUCUAUAUUUCAGUUCCUCGAGUCCAUGUCAGAGAUGAUUAGGAAAGGAAUAGCAGAAGCUAACAAAGAAUUGGAGAAAGAAAACACAGAAAAACUAAUGCAUGAGGUUAGGUUGCAUACCAGCCUUAGUAUAAUAGCGGUCUCAUUUGCAGCAUUAUGUGAAAUAUGUAUAAUCACCCUUCAGCAAAAAGUAAUAUCCCAUUUCAAAUUAUGUACAUAGAUAUAUAAUAUAACAUAAUUUAAUAAUUUUUAGUAAUUUUUUUAAUGCUUUUAGUGAGAUUUCAGCAAUCAAUAAUAAUUAAAUGUUUGCUGCUGGGUUUCCAGGGAGUCUUGCGUCAAGUGCCUGUGGUCAGCUCAAUAUUGAAUUGGUGGUCACCAGCCAAAGAACAAGUGAAAGGCAGGGCAUUCAAUCUAACAUCUGGUCAGUAUUAUAUGUAGGUUAUUUUAAUCUAGAGAUUUCAGAUUGUUGUUGAUGAGUUUGGUCAAAAUUGGAAAGAUGAUAAUCAUUCAAAUAGUAGCCACUCACAAAUAUUAGAGUUGUCCAUGUUUGAUUCCAUUGACUUGCAGAAACUUUAUGCUGCUAUCCAGGUCACCUCAGGGGCUCCUAGACCGAACAGUUUCCAUUGUUUUAAAAUGAAGUUUUAUGGGAAUUUAAAGAUAUCAGUUAAAUCAGAUAGGUGUUGGGAUUCGUGUUCAAGUGACUGCUGUCCCUCUAAUAAUACCUUUAUUUAUUUUUGUGUAGGGAAAAUCAUCCCAACAACAGAUACUUACAAAUAUCACAUGCAAAUCCAAGAAGAUGGUAGCACUGUGGCAGUGCCUGGUUCUCCAAGGGGAAACGGUACAGUCAAGGCCACACCACCUCAGUCACCAACCGAGUCCAUUAAAACAGCAGGAGAAGUGAAGGCCCAGCUGGCAAGUCAGUCUGCUGCAGGUGCAGCCUCCUCCUCCCCCACACCACCACCUGUGCCAGCAGCACAGCCACAGCAACAGAACAGUGGAGCAUCCACUGUCCUGCCUGAUGUUGUAUCCACCAAGUCUACUGUUGGGUAAGUCCAAAUGUUUGCUACCUCAACAAAAUGUAAGGUUGAGUUAGUUCGUUACUAAAUGUUGUAGCAUAUCAACCAAAUCUACUGUUAGGCUAGUCCGUUACAAAAUAUCCUACCACAUCAAAAAAAUUUACUGUGGGCCAAGUUGAUUAUUAAACGAAUGUAUCAGUUGUUAAUUAAUAAAGAAGAGUUACCGAAUUAUAGUGGCUGUUUGAUAUGUUCACCUUAUAACUUACUGAGAUAAAUGAGAACUUCUAAUCAGGAUUUAUAUCUCUUUUAUAAAGGGUAGUCAUUGUUCAAUGGUCAGUUUGUGUAAAAUAAAAGUGGAUCAAGUCACUGGGGAGAGGAUAGAUUAAGCUUUUUAAGAUAUUUACAACUAUACUAAUAACAAUAUGCUACGAGGCAAAUUUUCAACUUUUUUAUUUAUGCCUGAUAACAUUUCUGUUUCUAGAGGAGCCAGUGAGGUUAGUGAGCAGGAGAGCAUUACCAGUUAGGAUUUUCACCAGGAAAUCCCAAGGAAGCGUGUUUUUAUUUUCUGUACAUUGGGAUCAAGAAGGUUGAUUCUCAUUUGUCAUCCAGUUAGUUAUAAGUUUUGCUAUAGGAAAAUUUAUCUCUUUUUAACAAAAAAUAAUUUUAAAAAAAAAUUAAUUAUUUUUUUUUCUGUCGAAAGGUUUGUGAGGUUUCUCCUCAAUUGAAAAUGUUAAAAUAAGACAUUGGUGCCAUAAACUGAUGUUUGGAAACAAAAUUAGUUAAAGAUUAGUUACUAUGUUAAAAAAUUUGCAAGACUAAUUGAAAACAAAUUAAAUACAUAGCAAAUGAUUUAGAGCCACCCCCACUUUACGGGGUAAACAUUUUGUAAAAGUCAUUCCAUGAGUUUUAUUUUUUUUCCAUGAAUAUUCUUUCUUCCCGCUUGUUUGUGUGUGCGCAUACCUUAAAUUCAACAGAACAAUAGUCUUUAAUGAUAAUUUCCUCCACUGCCCAUUAUUUUAUCUUUGUUUGUGUAAUCUGUGAUACAACUCUAUAGCAAUUGAUCAGAUCCUUGAGUAAUCUUGAUAGUUGGCAAAACAAAGUAUACUGAAUUCUGGCAUUGGCUCUGUCACAAAUGGAAUGUCCAAAAUCAAUUUAUGCAACAACAAAAAAAUGUUUUUUCUAUGAUUUUUAAAAUAAAUGUUAUGUAAAAUACAUUUGCAAUUAAGUUUCAUAAUUUGUGAUUAAUUCUAUUUAUUUAAUUUCAUGAUUCACCAGUGUAAUAGUUGCGUAUAAUAUUAGACAAUAUUUACUCUACUUUUAGUCACUGUGGUGUUCUUAUUUAUUUAUAGACUUGGCUUGCUUUUCUUGAUUUCAUUAUCUAUGCAGAGGGAUGUUUGCACAUGACAAGUUAAUAAUGAUGUAAGGAAUAUUUAACUGGAUUGUUCAUCUAUGAAAUGGGGCCAUUGUUAAAUCAUUCACCCUGGCCACAUCAAGGGGACUUUCCCCCAUGUCUUUCCUGUAGAGUGAGAAUGACAUAUGGUGUCACAGGAUCUAAAGCUUUUUUAAAUCAUUCACCCUGGCCACAUCAAGGGGACUUUCCCCCAGGUCUUUCCUGUAGAGUGAGAAUGACAUAUGGUGUCACAGGAUCUAAAGCUUUUUCUGCCAGAUUGUGAAAUACAUGCAAAAGAUUUGGUUAUAAUUAAGUGAGUGCUACUGAGGUAAGGGCUUUCAGAUGAUGAUAGUACUAGUGUCUAAAACAGCAAAAAAGCUGGGGAAAUAGUGUGACUUUGAAAGGUCAUCAGUUGACCUAGUGAUUUUAAGUAACGGUACCCCAUAAGUUUAGGAAAAUCUAUUAAGUGAGUAGGCUGUCUGUGACUGAGAUAAGAAAUGAAAGUAGCUAAGGAUAGCGUCAGUAAAUCUGACUUGAUAUAGUUAACAUGGUUACAAACUAACCAGGGUAAUUAAAGUAGAUCAUUUGCUCUUCCUUAAACUUUCAGCUCUAUCCUAUACACUAUUUGACCAAAUGAUGAAACAUUCUAAAAUAAGUGCAUGUAAUUUCAAUUUUUGUUUGUUUACACGAAGGAAUAAAUCAGCUUCAGCAGAGUCCCCUUGGUGUUGCAAUGUUCAGCUGGUAGGUUUCAGCUACUCUGUUACACAGUAUAUUAAAAGGCAAAAAACUCUCUCUGUACCCGGAACGUUCCAGUAGCUGUUACAAUAUUGUUGGAUUUAUUGAGUUUUUUUUUGUUUAUUAGCUUCUGGCUACACAUCCCCUGCUAUAUUAGUUUGACCCAGUUAAAUUUUGCACAUGGUGUAAACAACUGUUCAAAUGAAACCGGAAUCACUUACACACUGUGAACAAGGGAAACUGAUGUUGAGACAUGACAUGUAUGAGUUUGUUCUAAAAAUGUGGGGACAUUAGUAUGGUUGUGGUAAAAAAAAAAAUGGAAAAACAAAAUUAUAAUGCACCUUGUAAAAGUAUUUAUUUUCACUUGAUCCAUUUAUUCACGCCUGAAAUUGUUCAACUUAAGUUGUAUGGAUUCAUUAGUUGUACUGAGCACUCCCACCAUAAAGCUGUGGCCCUGGGAACUGUUCAGUCGUGCCUGCCAGCAACUAGUGGCCAGUAGAACAUUGACACAAGUAGCACCAAUUCUUUUAGUGCCUUGGAAAUACUACAUCAUGUUUUUGAAAAAAUAAGAACAUAAAAUCAGUAAAAGAUGUUCUUUUAUUUAGUGCACAAUCUUUCCUCAGAUUAUCUAAUCUUGCUGCUAAUAAUUCCAUUUUCAAAUGACGUUAGUUAACAUAGAACAAAACAUCAAUGGGAUUUUUUCAUGCUAUUUUUUUUCCUCCUUUUUUCCAUCCAUCAAAUAUUUUAUUUGUAUGAUUCAUUUUUUAAACUUAAUUUUUACUCCAUAUGUGAAUAUGAUUAUGUUGAGCAAAUAAAUAAUUUUUAUACAUUUUGUUAUUGUACAUAGUGGGAGUUAAAUCAAGAAACUAAGAAAAGCAGUUGAUCUGUGUGACUUCAUUCUGAAUGUUGUAUGACUUGUAUUUAUGUGUAUGAAUGUUUGCUUAGGGCAACACUGAGAACCCCAAUCAGUAUCCUAAUCCCAAUCAGUAACCCGUUAUACAUGUUAGAAUUGUUGACUUUGUUCAGUGAGAUCCUCUCUGAUGGAAUUAUUCCAAAGCCUACAAAACUUACCUGUUGAAAAAUAUCAACAAGGAAUCAACUCAAUCCAACCACAUCUUUUUUUUGGGGGGUUAAAUUUCCACCAUUUUCAUACCGUAAUUAUUUGUUUUAAUCUAUAAAAAAAAUCACAUCCAAUUUGUAUUUUGUUUGAUCCUUAUAUGUGUUUGACAUCAGUUUGAAGAUGAUAUCAGAGACAUGGACAAUACAAAUAAUUUGACAUACCGUAACGGAGAGCUUACUAUUCACUAAUUUUCUCUGAAUCUUUUUAUUAACAAUUUAAUCAGCUGCCAACCAUUGAACGUUAAGUAUUUGAUUAAAUUAUGUUUCAAUCUUUAAAUGACAUUAUUUAGUCAAAGUCAGCCCCAUGUUAUCUGUUAGCAUUCAAACCCAACUCAUAGAAAAAGUCAGUGGAGUUAAAAAUUACAUGCAUGACUAUAUUUUGACUUAAAUUACUUGACAUGACCAGACACUGCACUAACAACAUAAUCAAGUAAUUAAUGUGUGAAGGAAAGCCUGUGAUAUCCAUGUUUUUUUUGCCAACAGUUUUUCAUAAUUUUUGUGUUUUUUUUAUUUUCUUGAAUCAAUUUUAUAUGUGGCUUUCAUAAUUUGUACAGUGGGAGCUUUGUCUAAGCUGAAUGUUUGUCCUUGACCUUCACUUGUGGGAACAGCUGGGAAAUAAUGCCACAUUCACUGGGUGAGACUCUGGUACAUUGGCAACACAGUGGGUUACUGGAAGGAAUGCUCUUGGCAUUCAAGCAAUGGUGGUCACACUUGCAACACUUUAACAUUUCAUGGUGAUAACAUAUUGGUCUCAGGACUUUGAAAAAAAAAAAAAAAAUUGUAACCACGAAAGUAAAAGCCAUUUCUGAGUUUUUCAAAGGUGGUCAUUGCCAUUAUAAUUGACCCAAAAACUUAUAAUUAAACCGACAGGGAAGUUAACCCACAUGAGGUCUUUUGCUAGAUAGAGCUGUGACCCAUUUUAACAUCUGAAUUUUGACAGCUAGGAGGACACUCUUUAGGGAAACAAUUGAGCUGUUGAAUGAUAGGAAACAAGUGAUUUGUUAUUGCCUUGGGUUCAUGAAUCUCACUGUGAGACAAUGGCCAGAGUUGAUGACUGUUCAGUGGUUGUUUCAUAUAAUGAGGGAUUUCCAAUGUUCUGUUUGGAUCUAAUAAAUUGUUUUUUAAACAAUGAAA